AUGGUAUCUGAGGGAACGGAUGGCCAGUACAUUGCCUCUAGUGUCGACGACGUGGAUGUCCUGCUUGAAUCACUGAUCUCAAGGUUCUCUGCUCUAACAUUGGCAGAUACUUCGUCUUUUCCUCGAUCUGCUACCACUCUUGAAGAUCUACCGAAUGAGAUACUGCUGAAGAUAUUCGAAGUGCUCAACGGUCUCGCGGCGCCGGGCUGGUCGCUCGAAGAGUCCCGUCCGGGCCUGUCCGUACCGCCGUGUAUGUGUGUAUCGUACGUGUGUCGGCGCUGGAGGUCACUUGCUCUAUCUGUAUCUCUUCUCUGGUCGGCCGUCAUUGGACCAAGCAGGACUUGGACGGAGCAGUGCUUCUCACGAUGCUCUGAGGUCCACCUCGUCGCACUGUUCAUCGACGAGCGUUACGCAAACCCAAAUCAGAGGUCGUACCAGUCCGGCGUGGAGCUUGCGAUGCAGCGCCUUCAUACUGCCACUCAUCUACACAUACGACUGGACCUGCCAGAUCUAGCCAAUAUAGAAGUGGCCCGCCAUGGGCGUAUGAAAGCAGACUGGCUGACUCAUUUUCUUAUGCACAACGCGGCGCCCGUGUUACACUCCCUUAUGAUCAGCGUUGGGGAUGCGAUGAAGGUCCAAUCUCGCAAUUUCAACGUCAAUGUCCCCUCGACAUCAUUCUCCGCCUUGAAAUCUGCUUCUUUCAGGAGUUGUGGGGUUCUCAAUCCCCGACGAGUGCUCCCAGAAUGUCUAACAGAACUUGACUGUGCUCACACUGUCAUGUGGCAGAACGUAGACGACAUGAUCAACCUGCUUAGGGGACUUCCUAACCUUGCACGUCUUCAAUAUACUAUAGUCCAUCCGCAAGGACGCCACCUCUUUGAUGCCACACCGUCCAUGGUCCACGAUAAGCGUAGUCUGCAUAUGCGCCAUCUGAAGACAGUCUCUCUUCAUACGUCCGUGACAGAGGCCGCGACCAUCUUAACGUAUCUGGCGUUGCCGUCUGACGCCCAUAUCAAGAUCGACAGGUCGCAUACGUACCUACUUGGUUAUGACGUUCAGCACGCGGACGCAGACGUAGUGCGGGGAGUUGUUCGGCCUUUACUCGCAGCUCUCGAUGACCAUCGCGUGGCUGCUCGCGAGUUCGAGUACAAUCGCGUACUCAUUAGCCAGUUCAUGUGGAUAGAGCUCCCCAAGAAGGUGCCUAUAUUAACGCCCAAAGUGGAACCAUGGAUGUUCUGCACCCUCCCAGGAUCGGAUAAGUCGGAGGUGCGCUCAGCCUGCGCGCUGAUGCUCUUUUCCCGAGCUAUGUCAUGGGCAUACAGCCUCUUGAUCUCUGAUAACCUCGAAUAUAUCCUCGUCGGUGGUUUGGGCUCUGAAGCACGGGAGGCCGCACGGACCAGCUACACGGACGCGAUCGAGUUGCAGUCCUCAGGCGAUGUCGCCGCUUUCUUAACUCUCUUCGAUGCACGCGAUGGCGCGCCCAAUCUUCUUUUCCCGUACCUAUCCCAUCUCAGCGUAGGAGAAGUAGACCUCACAGACGAAGACGUGCGCCGUCUGGUCGGAUUUCUGUUCUGUCGGCCUGAGUUAGCGUCGUCGAGUUCGCCGUCGUCGGGGAUGGACUUUUACCUUCGGAGCUGUCGCGUGCCUCCUAUCACGGAAAGAAGACUGCGCAAACUUGACCGUCUUGGACUGCGCCUCAGGGCACAAGUUUUCCCCCGGAAGCCAGCCGUUACCAAGCCGGACAGUAAUCGUUCAACGGAGAAAGAGCCGAAAGCGACUUCUGCUCCUGGCAAAACGGAUAUCCUGGCCGAAGACGAUGCCGAUCUGGCGAGCAGUAGCUCGGCGUGCAUGUGCGAAGAAUGCUACCUGGACAGGCGUGUCAGGCGGGACUGGGAGGAGCUGAGAGAAUGGCUUGGGGUGGAACUCAGGAAGCCGCAGAGACUCCUAAAGCCCGGAUCGAAUCAUUAG